GUGCCCGCGCGUUUCACGCAACACCAACGCUCUUCAAGCUUCGCCCGAUAAUAAAAAAGAAGAAACAUCAAGCAGCAAAAGCUGCCAGACGAGAAAAGGAAGCAGCAUUAUUACCGAAUGUCGUAACCGGUAUUUCUACUCCUUUCACACAGUCAUUACUUCGCCCUGAAAUUGUCUAUCAAUCAGCAUCGAACGUCGAGCCGUCUAAACCGACGCUCCCAUGGAUGAAUGCUCAUUUUCUGGAUCAAGAAGCCGAGAAACUUUUGUUUGAGACUACACCUGAAGCAGUUGCUCAUUCAAGAAUAGAUCCAACAAUUGGAGUCGAUCAGCAAAAAGAGAGAGAAGAGGAGAAAGUGAAACUAUUGAAGAACGUGAUUGGACUACACAAUGCUAGUGCCAAAGGAAUAAUGUUAUGUAAUAAACAACUGGCAAUUAAGGAAUUUUCGAGAAUUGAAGGAGAUACUGGAAGUCCCGAGGUUCAAGCUGCAUUAUGCACUGUGAGAAUUCUCAACCUUUAUGAACACAUCCAAACUCAUCGCAAGGAUAAACAUAAUUAUCGACAGCUGAGAAUAAUGGUUCAUAAGAGACAGAAAAUACUCAAGUAUCUGAAGAAGUUAGAUUUAGAAAGAUACUUUAAUUGCCUUAAGCGGCUGGGACUCGAUCAGAGAAUAAUCGAGAGGGAAAUCGUGAUGUAA